AUAUAUAUCUUGUUCUUCUUAUUUGUUGUUGUUGUUGUUGUUGUGCUACAAUAAUAUUGUAUUAUUAAAAUUAAAAAUGCAUUUGAAGCCUGCCCUAUUUAAUUAGCUAGGUGUAGCUCCGAUCUUCAUUGUAAUCAGCGGCGCAUCCAAAAUAUGCAUUAGUUUAUGGAAAGCAUGUCAAUUUAACAUAAGGCGCCAUUAUCCUUCAAGGGAAAGAGACAUGGAUAAAGAAAAUGCAUCUGCUGCUAAUAUUCUGGGCGCCGCUGGACGCCUUACUAGAGCACGUGCUAAAGCUUUGGGAGCAACAGGGGGUUUUCCACCACUACAUCCGGUGGCAAAACAGGAUCGUAAUCAGGCCCUUUGUCCAAAAUUAAAACGAGCAUCAGGAGAUAUCAAGUCUGUUACUGGUGCUGCUCCUACUGGCCAGCUCAAGAGAAGGGCUGUUUUUAAGGAUAUCACUAACAAAUCCUCAGAUUCCAGCAUAAAAGGUUACAAUGGAAAUAAAGAACAGGCUACCAAGCAGAUCAAAAGAUGUAUUACAAAGAAGAAUGAAAGGGUGGCACCAUCUAAUUGGGUGGACCCUCACGUUCAUAAGAAGGCAAAAACAUCAGAAAACAUUACCAAAAAGAGUAUGGAUGAAGUAAAUUUACAUACAAAAUCAGAUAAUGAUACAUCUAUCCAACCACGUACUCAUGAAAAUCAUAGAAUGGGUGGUAUGCCAGAUUUGAUUCUUGCAAGUCGGAUAUCCAACGAACACUCUGGACUUGGAAGUAUUUCAAAGAAAGGAGAUGACAAGAUUACCGGUGAUAUGAAAUCCUCAAAUGAUCAGGCCAUUGUUGACAUUGAUUCUAGGCAUAAGUGUCCCCAGAUGUGUAGCUUAUAUGCUGCAGAAGUAUAUGGCAAUUUACGCAUCGCAGAGCUUAAGUGGAGACAUUCAGUUGAUUAUAUGAAAGCAGUGCAGCUGGAGAUCACGCAAGAAAUGCGUGGGAUUCUCAUUGAUUGGCUUGUGGAGGUGUCUGAAGAAUAUGGACUAGCUUCUGAAACAUUUUAUUUAACGGUUUCUCUCAUUGAUCUGUAUCUUUCCAAAAAAUGCAUUGGAAAGCGACGACUCCAAUUACUUGGUAUAACCUGCAUGCUCAUUGCUUCGAAAUACGAAGAAAUUUAUGCUCCACGUAUCGAAGAGUUCUGCUUUAUCACUGACAGCACCUACACAAGAGGAGAGGUACUGGAGAUGGAGGACCAAAUACUGGAUGUACUGAGCUUUCAGCUUUCUGUUCCAACAACCAAGAAGUUCUUGAGGAGAUUCCUUUUGGUGGCACAAAGUUCUUAUAAGGCUCCAGUUGUAGAGCUGGAAUUCCUGGCUAAUUAUUUAGCAGAGCUAACUUUAAUUGAUUAUAGUUUUCUAAAGUUCCUACCAUCCCUCAUUGCUGCCUCAGCUAUAUUCUUAGCAAAAUGGACACUUGAUCAGGACGAAGAUCCAUGGAACGCUACGUUGGAACAUUAUACUAAUUAUAAGGCAUCAGAGCUAAAAGUAACAGUUCUGGCCCUCCAAGAUCUAGAACUUAACAACACAACCCCUCUCCAUGCUAUACGCCAAAAGUACAAGCAACUGAAGGUUUUAUUUUAGCAGUACAAAAGUGUUGCAACUUUAACAUCCCAAAUACCGGUGAAGCCCCUGCCUUGAAGUCUGUGCUGCUGGAUUUUU